GCGUUCGUGGAGGAUAUCCAAGUCCUUCUCUUCGAUGAAGAUCUGCAGCAAUUCAACGAAACCGUGGCCGAGGAGAGCAUCCUGUGGCCCACGACUGUCGCCCUUGUCGAGAUUCAUUGCCCCGACGGAACCCGAGGCGUGAUUCUCGACGAUAUGUCUGCGCUAAAGAAGACGCGCAACGUCAGUGUGCGAGAGUACACCCGUAGCUUUCGGAAGCUCGGGCGCAUGCUGAACUACAUCACGGACAAUGAAGCCAUUCCGACGUCUGACGUGAUCAGAAUGUACAAGAGUGGCAUGCCGAUUGACUGGCAGAUUGAACUGAACCGACUAUCGCGCAGUUGGGAGUACAAUGACUUAGUGCACCAAUUUGAGCUGAUCGAGCGCAAUGAGCAAGAAGAAGUAGUGCUCAGGAACGGAGGCCGAGGGUUGCGCUCGUGCUCUGGCCAGAGUGCACAGCAGCAACAGAAGGACAAAAACCUGGGGCGAGGCCAGGCCCCUCGCCAGAAUAACCAAAGUAGUCAGCCGCGUGGACAGCCACGCCAGCACCGUAAUGACGGGAACCACGGGAAGUACUGCAAGUUCUGCAAGCGCAACAACCACACGGACGCGGAAUGCUUCCGCAACCCGGACUCACCGGCGUACAGGCCACGCCGGCCCAACAAUCGUGGCUCAGGCACGAACAGCAUCCACAACAACGGUGGCAGCGGCAACGACAGAGCCUUCGCCGCCAUGCAGGAGCAAGUUGCUGAGUUG